GUCACACAGUCCCGUUCGGAGGAAGGAGGCACGGAUCUCUCUAUUUGUCCUUUCGCCGGUGAAAGUUUCAGUCGGUGUCAAUAGUCUUAGAAACCGCUCAGUUCUCAGAAACCAUGGACGCCUUGGGUUUUACUGUCCGUGUAGCUAUGGUGUACUACUGUAUGGGUCAGAUAAGCAACUCUGGUUUUAUUGCAGCCAGUGGUUCAUCCGACCACUGGUAUCUUAACGGCUCGAGGUUGGCUUUCAGUGGAAUCGCACAUCACCAGGGCAUCUUUCCACUCUAUAUGAUGCAGCUUUACCGGUCAUACCGAUCGGCUGACCGCGAGUCUUUAGGCACCACCGACGAGGCCUUGCCUCUGCGUCAGGCGGACUCAGUUGUGGCACUAAUGGCAAAAGGGUGUUAUCAGGUUGGUGAUCACUGGAGCAUUACUUUUGACCUCACAUCCUUGCGGCGGAGUGACGAGGUGCAUCUGGCAGAGCUGCGACUCCGAGUGCCAGAGUUCUGGGGCUCCAAACGCGCUCUGCUGGACGUGUUCCACGCACACGAUGGUAACCAACGGCUACUGCUGGGCCGGAUCCGUGCCGCGCCCCUGCACAGGCCCAACUCAUGGCAGGUCUUCAACGUCAGCACGCUGCUCAGACACUGGCUGCAGCAGGGCCAGGCUCUAUACAGCCCGGAAGGAGCGGAGCUCGGGAGUGGUUGGACCGAGGAGGGUAGUGGUGAUGACAUUAAGGACAUGGUUAACCUGCCGUCCCGUCGCCCAGGACUCCACCACAGGCCGGGGGUCAAUCACGCGACGGCCGGGCGUGUGAUGAUGGUGGUCUUCUCCGAGCAGCGGAUCAGAAGCCCGGCGCCCAGUUUACUGCGGACCGCACAGAACUCCAAACACGUCACCCCUCAGGCGGUCCCACCCGCGACGCCCAAGGGAGGCCCGCCGGGGCGGAGGCACAAGAGGAACCGGCUGGUCCCGGAGCACCGCCCCCCCCCGCCCGAGGCCUCGCCCGAGACCGAGACCCAGGCCACGCCCGAGACCACGGCUAGGCCACUGUGCCGACGGGUGGACAUGUGGGUAGACUUUGACCAGAUUGGCUGGGACCAGUGGAUUGUCCACCCUAAGCGCUAUAACGCACACCGCUGUGAGGGCGAGUGUCCCUCUCCUCUGGAUGAGAGCUUCAAGCCCACCAACCAUGCAUACAUGCAGAGUUUGCUGCGGAUGUACCACCCCGAGCGGGUGGCGUGUGCCUCCUGUGUGCCCACGCGCUUGAGCCCGCUGUCCAUGCUGUACUACGAGGACGAUGGUGUGGUGCUUCGACAUCACGAGGACAUGGUGGUGGAGGAGUGUGGCUGCCAGUGAAUCAUACACACACACACACACAGACACACACGACACAC